AAAAUUAUUAUUUGCUGAAGUCAUUUUUUAGUCAUACUACUAUUUGCUUUUUAAAUUUUUAAGAUGAGGUUUUAAGGUUUAUACUUUAUAGCUUGUAAUUUUAUCUGUUUUAUGAAGUUUUAUGAAAAAAGGGUGCUAGAUUUUAGAAUCUAAAUCCAAACAGCAAACAUGUUGAAGGUACCUGAUGGCUGCGCCACUACUGGCUGAUACUGUGCAUGUAGCAGCUACUGUAGCUCAUUAACCAUUUACAUCAGUCCGCAAAAGCAAAGAUGUAGUACCGUAGCUGGACCGUGGUGGAUACACUUCUGUUUCUCCCAAUUUGAAAAUUUUUAAAAAAUGAGGAACGUGAUACGGAAUUUCAACGAUGCUGCAUCCAGAGUCCAGCGACUCCGUGCGCGCAGUACAGUACACUCGCUCCGGCAGCAGUACUAUUCGGUUUCUGCAGGGCAUAGUUCAGCUUUUCAGCGCUACUCCUCGUCAUCCUCUGAUGCUCCUCAAACCGCGGAUAAUCUGAAGCGUCGAGAAACCGUUAUGAAUGUGUUUGACCGGGCCGCCAAAUUACGCCAGCGGGAACGAACGGUAGCUCUUCCCGAUUUCAGCACCAAAACGUAUGAUUACAUCCGCUCCGAAAUCGGCUACCGUGUGGCCGAUCGAAUUAAGGAUGUCAGCAGGAAGUUUGAGACCGCUGUUGAUCUCGGCUGUGGAAAAGGUUUUAUAGCUCCUCAUGUCUACUCGGAUAUGGUAGGGAAAUUGCACCUUAUCGAUUCCUGUCAGGCGAUUCUGGAUGUCUCCGCCGCUUCGCCCGAAGUGGAAACCAUUCGCUGUCUGCAUGAUGAAGAAGCGCCAUUACCCUUUGCCGCCAACAGCCUCGAUCUGGUGGUGUCCAGUCUGUCGUUGCACUGGGUGAAUGAUCUUCCCGGAGUCUUUCGCAAUAUUUGGUCCACUUUGAAACCUGACGGGUGCAUGAUAGCCGCCAUGUUUGGCGGUGAGAGUUUAUUUGAGCUGCGCAGCGCCCUGCAGUUGGCGGAACUGGAGAGGGAAGGUGGAUUUUCUCCGCAUAUUUCACCCUUCACCAGUAUUACGGAUCUGGGGAAUUUGCUCAACAGGGCCGGCUUUACACUGUUGACCAUGGAUAUUGAUGAAUUGACGGUUAUGUAUCCGUCUAUGUUUGAGUUAAUGUGGGAUCUGAAAGGAAUGGGAGAAACUAAUGCUGCAUGGUCCAGAAAGCUGCGUCUACCUCGGGAUACGUUGCUGGCCGCAGCCUCUUUGUACCGGGAAAAUUACGGAAAUAAGGACGGACAUGUGCCUGCCACCUUUCAGAUUUUGUACAUGAUCGGCUGGAAGCCGCAUGAAUCGCAGCGGAAACCGGCGGAAAGGGGAUCAGGACAGGUUUCACUCAAAGAUUUAGGCAGUCUGGAUUAUAACAAAGCCAAGAAAAAGUCGUGAAACUGCUGCUGACGACUUGUGAGGUUGAAGCGAUGGACGAAUUCCAUGCAGUUGUGUGUUUUUGUCUUUCUAGUCAGGCGGCCAAGCCGAGACAGCGUGAACGAAAUGCAAUAAUACGAGUAAUAAAGUUUAAUGGUGUCCUGAGUCAUUGAGUGCGCACUAAGUGCGCGCUGAUGCUGACCACUUAAUUUUUAACAGUUUUCUGCUUGUACCGUAAAUAAAAUACUAAAAUUUCUGAGAAUGCCACUUCGGAUAUUUUAAUUUCUCUGUUUCACUACCGCAUAUUUGGGCUUUUGUUAGUUAUAGUGUAUGCCGAAUUGCCGAUGGACUUAAUGCUGGUGCUCCUAGCCUACUAACAAUUGUGAGCUCACUCAGCUCAGGAGCUUACUCGCCUGGAUUUGAAGAAACG